CUCUUAGACUUUUCCACAACUAGCCAUCCUUCCUCCCCCUCACUCCUUUCCUAAAAAGACCGACUUCCCUUCUCUCUCUCUCUCUCUCUCUCUUCUCUUUCUCUCUCUAAAAUCUCAGACACCAGAAGUGAACUGCUGCUGCUGCUGCUGCGCCCGCCGCCGCCGCCGCCGCCGCCGCCGUAUACAUAUAAAUGUAUCCCACAAACUCAUCCUCCUCGCCUCAAAAGCCCAUGGCCCCGAGACCAAGCACAACGGGCCUGACCCGCUACGGCUCCGCCCCGGGAUCCCUCCUAAACUCAGCCGUGGACUCCGUCAUGGGAGCCGCCGCCGACCGCGAAUUCUCAUCCCUCCGACCGCAGCACCUACGAGGCCACUACUUCUCCGGAGACGGUGGCGGCGACUCUCCCUCCCUCACUGGCUCCGAGUCCAGCUUCAAAGUCAACUCAUCCAACGGCAGCCACAGGGACACCAGCACCACCAAGCCAUUGCUCCAAUCGCACGGUCUGAACGAGAUUGGAUCUUCCAACUCUUCUUCUUGUUCUUCGACGUCGUCGGCGGCUCUGGUUCGCCAGCGAAGCUCUCCAGCUGGCUUCUUCAGCCAUCUCACCGCCCCUGAGAAUAAUGGAGGAUUCUCAGUUACAAGAGGAACUGGAAGCUAUAGAUCACAAGGGGGCAAUAAUGGUGGUCACGGAGUAACAAGAUUAAAGUCGCAGUUGAGCUUCACUGGGCAAGAUUCUCUUUCUCAAAUCUCUGAAGUAAGUGAAAUUGCUGGUGAAGGUGUUAGCUCUGACAACGGCCACCAUAGUGCCAUGCAUUCUUAUCCCGCCACUAGCUUUGGGAUGGAAUCCUGGGAUAAUACCAAUUCGAUUGUCUUUUCAGCUCCACCAAGUAAACGAGCUAAAAACAUGGAUGGGGACAUAUUUAACUGCCUCAAUGCUUUAGAAUCUCAGUUUAGCCUUCCCCAGACAUCUUUAGAAAUGGCAACAGUAGAGAAGCUACUGCACAUCCCUGAAGAUUCUGUUCCUUGCAAAAUCCGUGCUAAGCGUGGCUGUGCAACUCAUCCCAGAAGCAUUGCAGAGAGGGAGAGAAGAACUAGAAUAAGUGGGAAGUUAAAGAAACUACAAGACCUUGUUCCUAACAUGGAUAAGCAAACAAGCUAUGCGGACAUGUUGGAUUUGGCUGUGCAACAUAUCAAAGGCCUUCAAAAUCAAAUCCAGGAUCUUCAUAAUGAUCUCGAUAAUUGCACUUGCGGCUGCAAACCAACUGCGAAAUGAUCCCGAAUGAUGAUGAAGCAAGCAAGCGACCGCAGAGGUCCAAACUCUAAGGGUGUCCAAAGAAGGUAGGACCAACCGAAGAUAGACUAACUUUGUUGUAUUACUUGCAGGUUAGACUUCAUAUUUAUGAGCAGAGAACUUGAUCGUUCAAACGUUUGGGACGGAAACUGUCCUUUCAUGUUUUGCAGUGGUUCAAAUCUCCACGUGUUUUUCGAAAUAUUUUGUAUAUACGAUGAAUCUGCAUUGUUUCCUAACUCAUCAAGAAAUCGUCUUUGUUUCUUUCGUUGAAUGAAUAUUGUUUAUUUUGCAGUUCA